UCGUGAUGACAAAGACUGCUGACUGCUGACAGAAGUCAAAAGGAUGAACGGUGAAGUUUAUAAGGUUGUACUUCACAAAAACAUCACAAAACUGAUUGGCUGGUGCCUUAGUGUGCAGAUAAAAAGACUCGAAAGCGAAGCGAAGUCGCAUAGAUAUUUAUUGUCUAUGACGGCUGUUCUAGAAUGAUGGGCUAGCGUAUGAAAAAAAUACUGUAGCCUACUUCAGGCAGCACUCGUUUGUCUGUAAGUGGCAAUGAUCAAACAUCGUGUCAACAGGAAGGCUGGCAACAUGAUUUCCAUGUUCGACUCAAUUACCCUGACCAAGUUGAGUGCAUCAGCAGGUCAGCUCCUCGCUCUCUUUGCAGGGAACGCACCAUUGAGAUUUCUUCCGGGGGGGGUCAGCCUAUUAUUUAAAUGCACACCAACACCAGUCCCUUACCUUCCCUGUCAAGUCGUCCCAUCGCAAGCCGCGACACUUUGAGCAACUUCGACUUUUGUUUGAAUCAUUUGAGAUUUUAAAGCCGCCAAUGGAUGAACAGAUUGAUAUCAGUGGGCUGAAAUUCUUUUUAAUCAACGGCCCACUCGUCCUUUUCACCCUCGCCGUGAACUUUUUCUUUCUAUUUUGCUUGGCUAACCCGCUAGGCAACAGUCAAAGACUCAAGCAGCCUUUGAAGACAAUCUUGGAAUACAUCAUGUGGUGCUCCAUUUUGUAUGUGGUCUUUUUAACGCUGAAUUUCACUCUGGAUGCUUAUCUAACCAUGACGGCAUCAUUCGUGCUGUGGUUGAUGAUGCAGCACUUUGUACACAACAGCAUGAGCGCCUACGUUUGGCUGAACUUCUACUUCUUCAUCCAUAUCGUCCCUCCACGAGGCGCACCGCUGAUUUGGCUGAAGAGAAACAUCAAGGUUGCCACUUUCAUAGCUGCGCUUCUUGAUCUUGUGAUUUUGUUCAAUAACUCGGCUGUCGGAAUUGCCGUUCUUCUGUAUGACGGGCCUGCGGGUCUCCCUAACGCCAACGACACUGUGAUAUGGAACCCGAUUCGCUUCACUUACCCCAUUUUCCUUCUAAGUCAAAUUAGAUUCAUCGUGACGUGGGUGUACAUGUGGACAGUUUUAUGUUUUAUGAUCGUUGUCAGCUGCAUCACCUUUCGAUACUUGCAGGGUCAUAUGAGAAGUGUGGCAAAGAAUGGCAUUGCCUUCCCCAGUGCAAGACUUCGGGCACAUUUAUGGGUCACCGUGACUGGAAUCUCUCAAUGUGUCAUGUUCUGUUUCUGUGCGAGUUAUUAUUUUUUUGAUUCUUUCACUCUGUUAUUUUCACUAAAUUUCUACAUGGGCCCCCAUUUCAGUUACACGAUCAGCACAGUAUACGUAUUUAGCACAACAGUCAACCUGAGUCUUGGUCAAUCAAUGUUUAGGCAAAGAGCAAUGACUUUAUGGAGGGCCCUCAAAUCCAUGUGCGGAGUUGACACAGAAACAAAUGACCUCAUUGUGUGCUCCAGUGGGACAUAAUAAGGCAAUACUGUCACUGGUGUUAUCACUGAAGGGAUUUGAUAUUUAUGUUGAUGUUUCUGUCCCAGCAUUUGCUGGAAGAAAACAAGUCACUGAUGUAGUAUGCUGCUUCCUUUUGACCUAUUUGUACUUAUUACAUUCUCCGGAAUACUAUAAUCAGACGUAA